GCCAGUAUGGCGGAAGAGGAGAGUGAAGUGGAGUUAGACAGGUUAAAAGAAGAAUUAGAGAGUUUGCUGGCUGCCAGUGCACGCGACGAACAUGGACACAUAAGCAAGUCCUACUGUGCAAAGUUCUGUAAGCUGGUAGAGGAGCACACAGGGCGAUGGCAGGUGCCUCUGCCGCAGCUGCAGGUUCUCCGCUGGGCACUCUGCUCCUUCGUGCGAGGAACCGCCUCCUUCCCCGCAGACUGCGAACACGUGCGCUACACCCUCAGUUCCCUGGCUCUGAGUGUGUUUGAGUUGCUCUUGUUUUUUGGGAAAGACGAGUUCCCUGAAGACCCUUUGAAAGGCAUUCUGGACUCCUUUCAGGAGUGCCAGGCGUGUCUGGUGCGGCAUCAGAAUGUCUACCUGCUGCAGCUGAGGCAGAUCAUCAGAGAUGGGGGCCCAUGGGCCAGUGCAGUGCUGCAGGGCAUCCUCAAGGGGGCGCCACAGGCACCAGAGGAGGUGAGCAGGUUCCUUGGCUCGGAGGCAUGUGUGUUCCUGGAGCUGCGCGUGCGCUACCUGCUGGUGUGUGAGCGCGUGGAGGAGGCCAUGGCUCUGGCCAAAGCCUGCAGUCAGCACCCCAGUGCCGGCCGACACCUGUUCUUCCUGCAGGCCUACCUCACCUGCUUGUGGAAGGCCUCGUUCCACGACUGCCUGCACACACAGAUGUCUGUGAUUGACGGUAAGGACGCGGUGGAGAUCAUCUGUGGCUGUGAGGGGGAGGAGGACGAUGAGCUGCUACUGUCACUCAGCCGAGGCUUCCUGAGCCAGCAGCUACGCAACGGAGACAUGUUCAACCUGUGGGAUCUGGUGUUCGUGUGGAGUAAGCUGCAGCUCCGAGCCAAUCCAUCUACUGAGGACUUCCUGCAGCAAUGCCAGCAGCUCAUCUUCACCGCCACCAACAUCCGCGCCGUCUUCCCCUUCAUCAAGAUCAUCCUGGCAGAGGUGGGGAAGUGUGGCCUGAGGUUCUGUGUGGAGCUGUGUGCGCGGGCACUGGAGUCGGAUCUGCAGAGUGACCUGGUCACUAAGUCGCUGCUCUACAAGACCGUGGCCUUCCUGCUGCCCUCGGACCUGGAGGUGUGUCGCGUGUGUGCGCUGCUGGUGUUCUUCCUGGAGCGCACCGUGGAGUCCUACAAGACGGUGUCGCUGCUCUACACACACCCCGACGUGGAGUACAGCGUGGACGCCAGUCCCGUGGGCAACCACGUUCGCUUCGAGGUGCUUCAGAUCCUCAAGAAGGGGCUCUACUUCGACCCCGAGUUCUGGAACCUUCUGACGCUGCGCUCGACAUGCGUGAGACUGCUGAGUGACCCGCUGGCCAACGCCGAGCUGACGGAGAUCCUGGCCGAGGAGCCCUGGUCGGCCACCUGCUGCGUGCGCGAGCCGUGCGUCUGCCAACUCGACCCGCCGGAUGCCACUGCCGCCGCCCUGCCGCCGCGGCCUGCCAGCGAGCAGAGGAGACUGGCGGUCACCGUGCCGACGACGGGAGAGAGACCCCGGGUCCCUGGGCGUGAGGCACCCUGCAGGGUGGUGGGGGAGGGGAAGCGACGAGGGAGGAAGCCGAGCGUGAAGCUGGUGGACAGCUCGUCGUCGCUGCGGCGGUCCUUCCGGCAGCUGGACAUGGCACAGCAGAACCUGGCGCGGCAGGUGGGCAGCGGCACGCUGUCGCGGCAGCAGCGGGUGCUCUCGCGGCAAGCGGAGCGCCGCUGCUGGAAGCGGCGGGGGAGGAAGCCUCGCUGGCUGCUGGAGGAGGAGGCGGCGGCGCAAGCAGAGAACAGCGCACCAGGGCGGGGCCGCAGGCCGGGCAAGAAGCCGGGUCGCAGGCCGCAGAGGCAGCCCAGGUGUGUCCCAGAGCGCUGCGAGAAGGUCACUAGAGCAGCGGACGACACGUCACUCCUCCGACUCCUGCAGAUGUUCUCGGAGAGCGGCGUUGAAGGCUCGUUUCAGAUGCACAACCCGCUGGCCGCGGUCCGGCAGUUCCACAGCUAUGCAAAAGCUCACCAGGAACAGGGCGUGCAGCUGGACGCUGAGCCGGAGACCGAGCCGACCCUUAAGCUCGCCGAGAGGCGCGAGACCCCAGCGGCCGCCUCUGAGCCUCAGGUGGUGGAGGUGGUGGAGGUGGAGGUGGCCACGUUCUCCUCGGCUGAGCCAGGGGACACGUCUGCAUCCACACCCCUAGAUGACACUGAGAAGCUGAGCCACACAGCCGCUACUGAAGAAAUUAGACUGACAGCUGAGCCAAAGGCCACAGAGGAUGUGCAACACACACCUGCUGAGAUGGACCUGGUGCAACACACACCUGCUGAGAUGGACCUGGUGCAACACACACCUGCUGAGAUGGACCUAGUGCAACACACACCUGCUGAGAUGGACCUGGUGCAACACACACCUGCUGAGAUGGACCUGGUGCAACACACACCUGUUGAGAUGGACCUAGUGCAACACACACCUGCUGAGAUGGACCUGGUGCAACACACACCUGCUGAGAUGGACCUGGUGCAACACACACCUGCUGAGAUGGACCUGGUGCAACACACACCUGCUGAGAUGGACCUGGUGCAACACACACCUGCUGAGAUGGACCUGGUGCAACACACACCUGCUGAGAUGGACCUGGUGCAACACACACCUGCUGAGAUGGACCUGGUGCAACACACACCUGUUGAGAUGGACCUAGUGCAACACACACCUGCUGAGAUGGACCUAGUGCAACACACACCUGCUGAGAUGGACCUAGUGCAACACACACCUGCUGAGAUGGACCUAGUGCAACACACACCUGCUGAGAUGGACCUGGUGCAACACACACCUGUUGAGAUGGACCUAGUGCAACACACACCUGCUGAGAUGGACCUAGUGCAACACACACCUGCUGAGAUGGACCUCGUCGAGCUGCAAGCCAUCAGAGAGCCAGAAGCGGCGGUGCAGGCAGCAGAUCGGACUCCAGACGGGACGCCACAGCGCCACCGCAGACACCACUGGCCAGGACCCCUACGAAGUCUGAGCCGUCCCACACUCACCUGCUGCAGGCUGCUGGGCGCCCCUUUCCCCCUGUGCUGCACGAGAUGGCAGCUUGCAUCACUCCAGCGUCUGCCAUGGCACCAUGUGCCACUGCAGCGUCUGCCCUGCAAAUCAUACCUGCUCAGGCGAUGCCAGUACAACACACACCUCUUUCUGGGAUGGACCCUGGUGCAACACACCCCGGGGAUGGACCUGGUGCAACACACACCUGCUGAGAUGGACCUAGUGCAACACACACCUGUUGAGAUGGACCUAGUGCAACACACACCUGCUCAGACGGCGCUACAGAGAGCCGCGCCCGGGACCGUACCACCUGAAGCACCCGUGCCCGCCUCACCCUUCGUGGCUGAAUCCCCUGUGCUCGUCCAUCGCUGCCGCCUGUGUGACAAAGUCUUCAAGGGCGGCAACAUCAUGAGACACGCUUACUCCCAUUACCGGGGCAACCAGCUGCUGUCUGCAGGGAAGUGCAUGUUCUGCGACGAGCCCCCUGAGGACCCGGACGGGCUGAGCACUUCUCCCCGCCAUGCUGGGGCGGAGGCCCGCGAGAACGGAACCGCUCACAGCCAGCGCCCUGCCCUCGGGACCUCGGGACACCCGGGAAGAACCGGGAAAAAGAAGAAGAAACACGGCUGGUGGCUGAAAAGGAAACUCGUCCCGGCCGAGGCGGAGCGGGCGCCCGAGGGAGCAGACGUCACGCAGUCCAACAGCAAGCAUCACCCGCUGCGGCCCAACGGGAAGAUCAGGAGGAAGAAGCGGCGCGUGCAACAGGAGUCGGAGGAGGAGGAGGAGGAGGAGGGCUCUGUUCAGCGGGAACGGCGUCCGCUACGGCCGAGGGUGAAGGCUGGCGUUCAAGACAGACGGAGGCGAGGGAGGAGGGGGAAGCUCGUUGGAGGCCCCGCCUCCUCUGAGAGCCAGGGGAACAUCACAGAUGAGGGGGGCGUGGCAUCGCAGCCGGCAGCAGGAGACCAGCCUGUUACAGCCAAACCAACCAAACAAACUGACAAGCAAACCAACAAGCAAACCAACAAGCAAACCAACAAGCAAACCAACCAGCAAACCAACCAGCAAACCAACAAGCAAACCAACAAACAACCAAACAAAAUCAAACGUAAAGCACAGAAGCCCCUGGGGAAGGCUGGGGCCCCAACGGCCCUGAGCAGCCAGGCGGAGGGGGCGGAGCAGGAGGCCGGAGAGGUGAAGUCCAGCGAGAGCUCGACCCAGGUGCCGGGGCAGAGGAGCGAUCUGCUGUGCCCGACAGAGCUGGUUGCGUGCCCGGUGGAGUGGUGCCAGCUGCGUCUGCGGAGCCGCGGUUCAAUGAUGCUGGGCCACCUGCUUCAGGAUCACCCCGCAGAGAGCGCGGCGUUCCGCUCGGCCUUCGAGGCGACGGAUGGCCGCUGCACGUACUGCUCGCGCCGCUUCCACUCGUUCCAGCACUUCCACGACCACGUAGGGCGGCACUGCCACGCCAGCCUACGCCACCCUUGCCCCCAGCAGGGCUGCCCAGAGGCCUUCCGCCGCCUGGGGGACAUGCGCGACCAUGUGAAGGAGAGGCACGCGCACGCGCUCCGCAUGCAGUGCUGCUUCGCCGGCUGUACGCACACCACGCAGACCAGCAUGGAGCUGCACCGCCAUGAGCGAAAGCACUACGUCCAGACCCCACGCCACCGACGCCCCCGGGUCAUGCCCCAGAACGGGGAGGUACGGGUCACCGUCAAAGGCAUGCCUCCGCCUCCUCUCUCGGGCACUGCCGUGCCGCCUGCUCUCUCGGACACUGCCGUGCCACCUCCUGUUCCGGGCACUGCCGUGCCACUUCCUAUCCCGGGCACUGCGGUGCCACCUCCUCUCCUGAGCACUGAGGCACCCCCACAAGACCAGGUGCCAGCUGCUACAGGUUUGGACUCGGAGCAGAAGACGGCUUCUCCUGGCCCAGUGGCAGCGGCUAACCUGAACCCUGGCGGGGAGAGAGAGGGGGGCGUGGCGUCUCUGCCGUCUGGUGCCAGUGGGGGCGGGCCUCAGGGCCUAGUGAACGGGCACAGCAGUAAGACGGCGGAUUUGAGUCUGGGCGCCAGUGCAGUUGCCAGGUCGAGGACAGAGCCGGAGGUUCCAGUUGUGUCGCCGUAUGGCCGUGUGGGCACCAAACCCUUUGUGCGCCCGCUGCCCUGCGCCUACCUGGACGAGAGGUACACCAGCAUGCCCAAGCGGCGGAAGGACGCAGCGGUGGGUGGGCGGCCGGUGGUGCAAGUGGACGAGGUGGCGAGCGAUAGCGCCAGCAGUGCCAGUGUGGCCCCCUCUCAGAGGCAGCGCUGCUCACGGUGCUUCACCUCCCUGGCCAGCGCCGACGAACUGCAAGAGCACCUCAAGAAGUGCACUGCCCUCUUUGGCUUCGACUCGGACGAGGAAGGUGGCUGGUGAAGGGGAGACCAUGGAAGCUGUGAGAUACCCGUGAAACCUGGAGGAGACGCCUGAGAGUCUCUGAGGGACCUCCAUGGGACCUCCGGGAGAGAUGAACCCUAACCCUCCCUCUGAGGGACCUCCAUGGGACCCCCCGGAGAGAUGAACCCUAACCCUCCCUCUGAGGGACCUCCAUGGGACCUCCCGGGGAGAUGAACCCUAACCCUCCCUCUGAGGGACCUUCAUGGGACCUCCGGGAGAGAUGAACCCUAACCCUCCCUCUGAGAGACCUCCAUGGGACCUCCGGGAGAGUUGAACCCUAACCCUCCCUCUGAGGGACCUCCGGGAGAGAUGAACCCUAACCCUCCCUCUGAGAGACCUCCAUGGGACCUCCGGGAGAGAUGAACCCUAACCCCCUCCCUCUGGGAGUCGCCUGGGAGAGAUUAUGCCCUAAUUCUGAUUCAGGGGUGGGAAGCAGAGAUUCUAGCUGACACUGAAUGACUCCAGGUCUUAUGACCCCAACCUCAUAUCGCCAGACUGAAUUAAGGAUAUGUAUGAAAGGACUGCCCCUCUCACAGUUCAGAGUGGCUGCUAGGUAGUGUUCAUCAUUGUUGCUAAUCACUACACCUAUUUUGCUGAUUUUGUUUUAAUAUAUCAAAUGUAAGUGUCUGGCCAAAGUACUUCAAGUUCAGACUGGACACAUGAAAUACAUACAACCCUGGGUAGUUCAGGGUAGAUCAACUAAAAGGAGAAAUCCAGACGAUUUUUACAUGGAUCUUGAUCACUAGCCGUCGCCAAGUACUGUCGAUAGGAAAAAAACAACCAAAAUCGGUGCUACCGAACUGGAGUAGCUGCAGUUAAUGGCCAGUACACCAAGUGAGCUAAAAUUCUAGGUCUGGGGGCAUCAUCUAAACGUGCCCUUUUAGCCUCUUAACAGACUCAAAAUGUCAUUAAAGGUCUGCAACAUGAACAGGGCCCUUACGUGACAAAACAAUGUGUUUUAAUUCAUUUAUUGUGAAGAAACCGUUUGAAUUCAAAGUUUGUACAAGUUCAUGUUGCACAGACCUUUUAAUGACAUUUUGAGUCUGUUAAGAGGCAAAAAGGCACGUUUAGAUGAUGCCCCCAAACCUAGCAUUGUAGCUCACUGUGAGUACUGGCCAUAAGCUACUCCAGUUCGGUAGCACCGAUUUUGGUUGUUUUUAUUCCUAUCGAUAGUACUUUGCGAUGUCUAGCGAUCAAGAUCUAUGUAAAAAUGUCUCCUUUAACAUUUAUUCCUGCAUCAGAAACAUUUUUUUAGUGGCCAGCCUCUCUUACCAAAUGUACCCCAGCCAGAGCCCUUGUUCCUGUACUUGGUGGAAAGGCUCUAAUGACCGCUCUGGGUAGAGUCUUCCUGGACCUUAGUGCCCGCUCCUGGUGCAGUCGUCCAUGAUGCCUUGAAACAUGAUUGUGAGAAGGGAGCCGUAGUAAAGCCUGCACCCUCCCUGGCACUGGACCAGUGCCGUCUGUGCUGGAAGUGGAAGAGCUCCAUAGAGGACAAAUUUGCACUGAUGAUGUUUUUUUUUUUUUUUCAUUUUACCGUGUUUUUGUUUUUUUAACACUCAUCCGACUGUAGUCUGCCCCCCCACCCCACACACACACACACACUGUUUCUAAACACUGUACAGACACAUACACUCGCCUACUCUAAGUCUACCCCCCAGUCACACACAACCACUUGAUAAUUUUAUGAAUAAUUGAUUUGUGAAUGUUUGCACCUCCCAAGUACCCACCUAUUAGCUAAGUUGUUUUACUCGUCAGUUUUAUCACAUUAUCAGAAUGAUUAUUAUUUCAGUUACAGUUACAAUUCUCUGGUGCUCAUGUCUUUAGAGUUAUGACUGUGAGUGUGUGUUGGGGAGGGGGGCAGUGUCAUGGACUCCGCAUCAGAAGCUGGUUCAGAGGUUUUUAGCAACACUCUUGAAAAGGACUAGCCUUCAGUUAUGUGCCGUUUUCUUUGUACAGUCUCUGAAAAUGUUGGUCAGCGACUAGCCUUGUUGUAUAGGUCCUUUGUAAAGGAAAUUAAGUUUAAAGAGCUGUAAAGAUGUUUGAUCCAAUAAUAACAGCUUUAUUUAAUUUAUUCAUAUUCUUUUUUAUUCUUAACUAUGUAAAAUAAAUGGAGAGUUUGUAUGGCGUAUGAUUGGAGGGGAGGGUUUAUAUAAGACAUUUUUGUCUAAAUAAUAAAGCUCAUAUUUGGAAAUAUA